ACCCACACCUCACAUCACACUGAACACCAUCAUUUGGCCACAGCCUCACGACAGACACCUCGCACGAAGACCUACGAUAAUUGAGCGUCAAAUCGAACUCCUGAGAAGCAUGUGAAGAGGUCCGAUCCUUACGAGAGAGCUGCCACCACGAUGGUGGGCGCAAGGCAUGCCGCCUACGCGGAGGAGUCGGCCGAGGUCGAGGUCCUCUACGCCAGCUUGGACAAGAUGAAGUCAGUUUCGAAGAAGAUCCAGGGCUCCAUGACACGACUGGAUGAGACUGGAAGGACAGUGCAAGAUGCGAUCGGACCUAUCUAUGGGAAUACGCAGCGCCUGCAGGCACAGAACAUGAACAUUGAUAGGAUUCUGGCGGCGAUAGAGAAGGUCAAACAGCCGCUGGACAUGCGGAGUAAAGAGGAGAGGAUAUUGAGGAAUCGCCCAGAUCAGGUCGGGCUGGCAGAAUACAUUGCGAGCAUUGAUCGCACCAACCAAGCCCUGAAACACCUCAAAGCCACGAACUUACGCUCAAAUCAGACCGCGAUAGCUGAAUUGAGCAGUCUUUUGGCUGCCGGGACAGGUAAUCUCGAGAGUGUGUUCCGGGACAUGUUACGUCAGGACUCGCAACCCAUCGAGCCUCUAAAGCAAAUCACACAAGGACACGACUUCCCGCGGAUAUCCUCCACCAAAUCUGCACAACUUCGAACGAUCAACACGAACAUCUCCAACUACACAUCACAGGUUGCGCCCUCUAGUGGAUUAACACCAUCAGCAAAGGUGUAUGCUCAAGAGCGAGGACAGUACAUGGCUUCGUCAUUGCAGAACCUAGCCACCGCGUCGAUAUCAACCGCGCGGAAAGUGUCGCCGGAUGCCACAUACAAAGCAGGCAGCUGUGCCAUCACAACUUACGCGACCGCCAUACAAGGCAUGUAUACCGCAGAAUACGACAAUAUCUGCCCGGUCUUCAGUCGAGAUGAAUGGGGAGCUGUACUCUCGGCCACCUGCCAAGACUCGCUGCGGUCUUUCUCCAACACAUUACGAGAUCUGGACUCACACGUCAGAAGCCAUCUACUCACCGACUGCUAUCUAGCCUAUGAGAUCGUUGACAUUGUCUCGAAUGUGAGCUUUCAGAUCGAAAGCCAUACGGGAGAGCUCAAGCACACCAUGUCUGAUGCUCUAAAGCCGAUACGCGAGACCGCCAAAUCUUCACUAUCGACUUUACUCUCCGACGUGAGGACGAAGGCGAACCAAGCGAUAUUCCCUCCGGACGCUCGCGCCUUGACCCUCACCAGCGAUGUCAUGACCAGACUGCAGCUCAUGACCUCAUACAUGGGCCCGCUCAGCAGCAUCAUGCGAAGUCUAGGUGACGGCGGCUGGAACCAACCAAACAAUACGGCGGCGAAUGCCUCAAUGCCUAAUCUGAAAUCAUUCGACGUAGGUGCAGAUGGCAAGCAGCUCUUCGCACACUACUGCAUGGACACGAUUGAAGCACUCCUCAACACAUUGGAACUCAAGGGCAAGCAAAUGCAGAGACCUCAAAUUGUGCAAGCAGCCUUCCUCGCCAACAACGUCGCCAUCAUUCAACGCAUGAUCGAAUCAUCUGAGCUACGACCUCUACUCGCCGGCUCUCAGCCCAAGAUCGACGCCUGGAUGUCCAAAGCGCAGCGCAUGUGCGGGGACGGAUGGAAAGACGCGCAGACAAUUCUCUUCGACGCCAUCAAGACGUCUCGGCAGAAUCGUACCCCAUCGACCGGGAAUGCCGUCGACACCACGGCGAUUCUGAAGGGGUUGUCGACCAAGGAAAAGGACACCAUCAAGGAAAAGUUCAAAAACUUCAACACAUCGUUUGACGAAAUGGUGGCGAAGCACAAAUCGUAUCACAUGGAGCCGGAAGCGCGAAGGCACUUCGCUACAGCCGUGUCGACUGUCAUCGAGCCAUUGUAUGGAAGAUUCUGGGAUCGAUACCAUGAUAUUGACAAGGGGAAGGGAAAGUAUGUCAAGUAUGAUAAGAGCCAGCUGAGUGCUAUUCUGGCGUCUCUGGGUUGA